CGUGUGUCUCGCUUAUAUAGCCACUCAGCCUCGUCUCCCUCGUUCACUCUAUAUUGCUCCUUUGCCUCCUGCACACUGUCUCGCUCGUUGACAGAGAUUUUUCGCCAGGAUUUUCGCCAGUGAUAGUGUUCUUCAAUUUCUACAAUCUUCUCAAAGAUGCCAGAACAAAUGGAGACUGAAAAUGUCGAGACUUUCGCCUUCCAGGCGGAAAUCGCCCAGCUCAUGUCCCUCAUCAUCAAUACAUUUUACUCUAACAAGGAGAUCUUUCUUCGUGAGUUGAUUUCCAAUUCGUCCGACGCUUUGGAUAAGAUCAGGUACGAGUCGUUGACCGAUGCGUCUAAGCUUGAGAGCGGAAAGGAACUCCAGAUCAAGAUCAUCCCCAACAAGGAGGAGAAGACGUUGACUUUGAUCGACACGGGUAUUGGGAUGACUAAGGCUGAUCUCGUCAACAAUUUGGGAACCAUUGCCAAAUCAGGAACGAAGGCUUUUAUGGAAGCUCUUCAAGCCGGGGCUGAUAUCUCCAUGAUUGGACAAUUCGGUGUAGGUUUCUACUCCGCCUAUCUCGUUGCAGACAAGGUCACCGUCACCAGCAAGCACAACGAUGAUGAGCAAUACGUCUGGGAGAGUUCUGCAGGAGGAAGUUUCACAAUCCGUACGGACAAUGGGCCCAGUAUAGGACGUGGAACCAAAAUUGUCCUUCACAUGAAAGAGGAUCAGGCAGAAUAUUGUGAGGAGAGGAAAAUCAAGGAAGUAGUAAAGAAGCAUUCUCAAUUCAUUGGCUACCCAAUUAAGUUGCUUGUGGAGAAGGAACGUGAAAAGGAAGUUGAAGAGGAGGAGGAAGUAAAGGAAGGUGAGGAAAAGAAGGAAGAUGACAAACCUGAAAUCGAGGAUGUCGGUGAGGAUGAGGACGAAGACAAAAAAGAUGCAAAGGACAAGAAGAAGAAGAAAAUCAAGGAAAAGUACACCGAAGAUGAAGAAUUAAACAAAACUAAGCCAAUUUGGACCAGAAAUCCUGAUGAUAUUUCUCAGGAGGAGUACGGUGAAUUUUACAAAUCCCUCACCAACGAUUGGGAAGAUCAUUUGGCUGUAAAGCAUUUCAGCGUUGAAGGCCAGCUUGAGUUCCGUGCACUUCUUUUCGUGCCAAGAAGGGCUCCAUUCGAUCUAUUUGAAAAUCGCAAAAAGAAGAACAAUGUCAAGCUGUACGUUCGCAGGGUCUUCAUCAUGGAUAACUGCGAGGACCUCAUUCCGGAAUAUCUCAACUUUAUGCGAGGUGUGGUUGACAGCGAAGACUUGCCCCUCAACAUCUCCCGAGAAAUGCUUCAACAAAACAAGAUCCUGAAGGUUAUUCGAAAGAAUUUGGUGAAAAAGUGUUUGGAGCUUUUCGAUGAAAUCGCUGAAGACAAGGACAACUUCAAGAAAUUUUAUGAACAGUUUUCGAAGAACUUGAAGCUUGGAAUUCACGAAGACACCGCCAACCGUAAGAAAGUCAGCGAACUGCUCCGAUUCCAUACAUCAGCUUCUGGUGAUGAACAAUGCUCUCUGAAGGAGUACGUAUCCCGAAUGAAGGAGAACCAAAAGCACAUUUAUUACAUCACCGGUGAAUCUCGGGAUACCGUUGCCAACUCUGCAUUCGUUGAGCGUGUCAAGAAGCGUGGUUUCGAGGUCAUUUACAUGACCGAGCCAAUCGAUGAAUAUGUUGUGCAGCAGUUGAAAGAAUUUGAUGGCAAGACUCUCGUCUCUGUUACCAAAGAGGGGUUGGAACUUCCUGAAGAUGAAGAGGAAAAGAAAAAGUUUGAGGAAGAAAAGGCAAAGUUUGAAGGACUUUGCAAAGUCAUGAAGGACAUUUUGGACAAGAAGGUCGAGAAAGUAGUUGUAAGCAACAGGUUGGUCGACUCUCCUUGCUGCAUUGUCACUUCUCAGUACGGCUGGACCGCCAACAUGGAGCGAAUCAUGAAAGCACAAGCCCUCCGCGACACCUCCACCAUGGGCUAUAUGGCAGCCAAGAAGCAUCUCGAGAUCAACCCUGAUCAUCCCAUCGUGGAGACUCUUCGAGUUAAAGCUGAAGCAGAUAAAAACGACAAGAGUGUCAAGGAUCUAGUUAUGCUCAUGUUUGAGACCGCUUUGUUGUCGUCUGGAUUUAGCCUUGAGGAUCCCGAUGUUCAUGCCGCUCGAAUUCAUCGAAUGAUCAAAUUGGGUCUUGGAAUUGAUGACGACGAGCCCGCUGCUGUGGAAGAGACAAAGGAUGGGGAUUCUCUUCCAGAACUUCAAGGUGAAUCCGGGGACGCUUCUCGAAUGGAGGAAGUGGAUUAACCUAACAAUCACAUUUACUUAAAAAUCUAAAUAAUAUUCUCCAUUGUUCUCAGUAUUUAGUUAUUCCCCCCUUGUCACUAGUUCGUAAUUUUUUGGGGGCAGAAGAGUUUUAUAAUUUGUUUAUGCUCGAAUGUUUUUUUACAAAACACGUCGGCUUAUUUAUGCUGUCGACAGACUGAAUUCGUAAAUAAACAUAGCAAAAUUACACGUGGAAA